AUGUCAGGUCCCGGUGUUGGCUUCGAGUACCCCCGCCAGAAGGUGUCUUGGCUGCAGCGUGACUUGCUGCUCUUUGCCAACUCGAUUGGCGCCAAGGCUAGCGAGCUUCACCUGCUCUAUGAGCUGCACCCCGACUUUGCCGCCUUUCCCACGUAUCCGAUCAUUCUUUCUUUCAAGGGCGACACACAAGAAGUCGUCGACUUUUACGCCAGCAGCAAGGCCGUCAAGAUACCCGGUGUGCCCGAAUUCGACUAUAGACGCGUUGUCGACGGCCAGCGCAAGAUGGAGUUCAUCAAGCCCCUGCCCACCACCUCAGCCGGGCGCAACUUUGAGACGCGCACCAAGGUUGUUGGCGUUUACGACAAAGGUAAGCCCGGCACCGUUCUCGACGUCGAAACGGAGCUGGUCGACGCCGACAGCAACGAGGUGUACAGCCGCGUCCAUACAAGCUCCUUCUUCAUUGGCCAGGGCAACUGGGAUGGCCCCAAGGGCCCCGCGACUAUCAGCUACCCGCCUCCAAAGGACAAGCAGCCCAACGUCGUCCUCCCUCACCAGACCACGGCCGAGUCGGCUCAUCUCUACCGCCUCAACGGCGACUACAACCCCCUCCAUGCCACGCCCGAGCCCGGCAAGAAGAUGGGCUUUGGCGGCGUCAUCAUGCACGGCCUGUACUCGUGGAACUCGACCUGCCUCGAGAUUGUUCGCGCGCUUGGCGGCAGCAACCCCGCCAACAUCAAGGAGUACCAGGCUCGCUUCGCCAGCCCCGUCAGGCCUGGCGACAAGCUCAUCACACAAGUCUGGAAGACGGGCGAGAAGAAGGGCGAGUUUGAAGAGAUUCGCUUCGUCACCCAGGUCGAGGGCGGCAAGAUUUGCCUCAGCAAUGGCCGCGCCCUGGUCAAGACUGUCGAUCCAAUUAAGUCUAAACUCUAG